ACCCACAAGAAGAGAAGUAGAAACAAACAAAUAGCAACUCUCUUCUCCUACUUGCAACGUAGUGCAGUGCAGUGCAGCAAAGGUUACUUACAUGGCGACUUCCAUGGGUUGCCUGUUGAUGCUCUGCUUGGUUUCUCCCAUCCUCCUCGCCAGCACUGUCCACGGAAACCCGUGGUAUGGCUUGUUCCCACAGUUCUACGACCAUUCGUGCCCCAAGGCGAAGGAGAUCGUGCAGUCCAUCGUAGCACAGGCCGUCGCCAGGGAGACCAGGAUGGCAGCAUCCUUGGUCAGGCUGCAUUUUCAUGACUGCUUUGUCAAGGGGUGUGACGCGUCUGUCCUCCUGGACAACAGCACCACCAUCAUCAGUGAGAAGGGGUCAAACCCCAACAUGAACUCCCUCAGGGGUUUUGAGGUCGUCGACGAGAUCAAGGCUGCCCUCGAAGCAACCUGCCCCGGCACCGUCUCCUGCGCUGACAUCCUAGCCCUCGCCGCUCGCGACUCCACUGUCCUCGUUGGUGGCCCGUACUGGGAUGUGCCACUUGGCCGUAGGGACUCGCUGGGUGCCAGCAUCCAGGGCUCCAACAACGACAUCCCAGCCCCCAACAACACCCUCCCUACCAUCAUCACCAAGUUCAAGCGUCAGGGCCUUAACAUCGUCGAUGUCGUCGCCCUCUCAGGUAGCCACACCAUUGGUAUGUCUCGGUGCACCAGCUUCAGGCAGAGGCUCUACAACCAGACCGGCAAUGGCAUGGCUGACAGCACACUGGAUGUGUCCUACGCGGCACAGCUGAGGCAGGGAUGCCCCCGCUCUGGCGGUGACAACAACCUCUUCCCACUAGACUUUGUCAGCCCAGCAAAGUUCGACAACUUCUACUUCAAGAACCUCCUGGUCGGCAAGGGCCUUCUCAGCUCUGAUGAGGUCCUGCUUACCAAGAGUGCUGAGACAGCGGCACUCGUGAAGGCAUAUGCUGAUGAUGUCAAUCUCUUCUUCCAGCAUUUCGCACAGUCCAUGGUGAAUAUGGGCAACAUCUCCCCUCUAACUGGAUUACAGGGGGAGAUCAGGAAGAACUGCAGGAGGCUCAACAACUACCACUAGGUUGUCUUAUGAGCUGAAUUUUACAAGAUGGUGGUGGCAUAUUUUGUUUAAAUAAUUAUGGUGGUUGCAAUGUGUCAAGGAUGUUUGAUCAAGUGUUAUUGUGAUUGCGUUGCAAAACGUGUAUGUUUAAUAAUUCAAUAUAUAAAAUGAGUUCAUUUGGUUGUUCU